AUGGUUAAGCAUCCAUUUAUCGUCAAACUUUUCUAUGCAUUUGAGACGGAAGAUUGUUUUUACCUUGGGCUAGAAUAUAUGGGCGGUGGGGAUCUUUUUAAUUAUCUUGAAAAAAUUCACGUUCUUCCAGAAGAUAGAGCUUGUUUAUAUACAGCCGAAGUUAUAUUAGCAGUUAAAUAUCUUCAUGAAAACAAUAUCGUAUAUAGGGAUUUAAAACCUAAUAAUAUUUUGUUAGAUGCCCAAGGUCAUGUUAAAUUAUCGGACUUUGGUUUAUGUAAACGCUUGCAUCCAGAUAAAAAUAGAGCUUAUACAUUUUGCGGUACAUUGGAUUAUAUGUCUCCAGAAAUGGUACAAAAACGUGUUUAUAAUGAAGCUGUUGAUUGGUGGAGUGUUGGUGUGCUGUUAUAUGAUAUGCUUACUGGAUGCACUCCAUUUACUAUAUUAAAUGAUCGUAAUAUGACGAUACAAAAUAUAAAAUUUGGAAAGUUUUCUUUUAAAAAAACUAAAGUUAUCGUUACUCCAGUAGCCAAAGACCUAAUUUGUAAAUUACUUAAAUUAGCAAUACCAUUAUAUUAUCAGAUUCAGCCAAAGGAAAGAUUAGGUUCGGGGCCAUCAGGGACUAAGGAACUAAUGAGUCAUCCAUUUUUUAAAAAUAUUAAUUGGGAAAAUCUGUUAUUUAGAAAAUUAGAACCAUUGAUAAAUAGAAUUGAUGAAAAUGUUAAGUUUGAGGAGAUUUUUGAAAAUAUCUUCGAGCAUCGAUUUUGA